AUGGCGGCCGUCGGCACAGCCCAAGCCAUGGACAUAGAGCCGCAGUUCCGCGCGCCGCAGUACCACUCGCCGCGCCAAGACCCGCCCAACGUCGUUAACCUUGCUGACGCCACCAUGGAUGAAGUCGGCAGCCCGGACCGCAUGCCCCGCCGCUCCCCCCUGCCGCCCUCACCAGACCACUACGCUCGCUCGUCUCCGACCUCGUGCGAGCCGCGUGUUCCAUCCAACGCAGGCAGCUAUGACCCCCGAAGCGGUUACCAAGUUACUUUAAGCAGGACCGCGUCGCCUCCCAGGCGGGACACGAAUUCCCUGUUUUCUCGCCGCAACCGCGGGGCGCUCAGUCCCCUGACCACAUUUCAAUCCCCUUCCACCUCCGCCCAAGCUUUGUCCUCUUCCGCCGCUCCGCUGGAUCUAGAAUCCGCCGCGCAAGGCGGCUUUGCCCCUGCCGAUGGGGGACGGAGCUCCCGUUCCCCCUCCCCCCGCCUUUUCCAGCCCGCCACAGGCACCGACUCCCCGACAAUCUCCCCCGACCAUCCGCGCACCGGACUGUACCUGGGACCCGCUGCGCGGAACUCCCCGCGCGCAAUGGCGGGCGGCGGAAUGCCGUCCGCUCAGCGUGCGGGUUCGCCAGCUGGUGUGGCGGGCGGCGCGGGGACUGGCGCGGGGCUUCCGGUGAACCCCUUCAUUCUGGCACACGGGGGCUGUCCGCGGUCCCCAAUGCGCUCCCGCCAGCAGCUUUCCGCGUAUGGCGGCUCGCAGCGCGCAAUUGCGCCAUCUCCGCUCUCCGAGCUGCUUAAUAUGGGAGGUUCGACUCGGUUAGAACCCCAGCCUGACUCACUUGAAGCAGACUCGUUACAGAUACAGAUGCCGAGUAAUGAUCGAUCGCAACAUGGCCAGCAGAGGGACGAACAUCCGCAAGAGCGUGACUCGUUCUUGGAGCAGCAGUUCCAGCAGCAGUCACAGCAGCAAGCGCGGCAGCUUUAUUCCCAGCAGAGCGUGCCGUCCGCCGUGCCGUCCGCUGUGCCGCCGCAUCGGUCUCCGCGAUCGUCGUCGCUCGACAGCUACGACCAAGUCAUCGCGUCGCACUCGCCUCGCGGCGAUUACGGCGGCACUUCGCACGCGCCCCUCGCGCAUCGCGCGCAGCUGCCCUCCCCCAAGCAACUCCACGCGCCUCUCAACCCGCACGCGUCGCAAACCACUCCGCCGCGUAACGGUGCGCCAGACCACAUUUCCCCCUCCCGCGGCGGUGCGGGGCCGCCGAGCGCCUGCGCGCCCAUCGCCACCCCCCGGCCGGUCCGCCCGGCCCAUCGGCGCACAGCCUCCGCUUCCGCCGCCUCCGCGCUCCUCCAGCACAACUUCUCCGCCGACAUGCAUGAGGGCAGCUCCUCCCCGCGCCCCGCUUUCUUCUCCCGCCCGCCUCCCUCCCCGCGCCACACACCCGCGCAGCCUAUUGCGCCAUCCGCCGCAGCGGCGCUCGUGGCCGCCGCUUCCGCGGGAAGCGGACCCGCGACGCCGCGGGGAGCCUCUCCGCGGAGGAGCUCCUCGCCCGCGGGAGUGCGCGCGGUGAACAGUGCGAGCCGCGCCGUACAGGACUUGCACGCGCGGCUGCUAGCUGCCGCCCAGAUGAUUGCCGACGGGGACACGGCUGGCGCAGCUGCUACGGCGGAGGCGGCAGCGGCUGUAGCGGCGGCGAUACAGCAGCAGCAGCAGCAGCAGCAGCAGCAGCAGCAGCAGCAGCAGCAGCAGCAGCAGCAGCAGCAGCAGCAACAGCAGCAGCAAUGGCAGGCGCAACAGCUGCAGCAGGCGCACCAGGCGCAGCAGCAGCAGCAGGGAGGGGGGAAGCGGCAGGGCCGCGCAAUAGGGAUUUCGGAACUGCAGAUGGAGCGGGGGGGCGCACAAGGAAGCUCCGCGCCAGGCGGGAGUUUCCCGUUGAGGGGAAACUCCCCGCUGAGGCAAGCUGGCGGCGCAGCAGCGGUGGGGUUAGCGGGCCACGCGGAGAGGGCAGGGGGAGACGCGGCCGGCGCAGAAAUGCGCACAGGCGGAGCAGCCGCGGGGGGAGUCUCCCCCACGUCUGAGCGCGCGGAGCAGCUGAAGCGGCGGGGGAGCGCGAUGCUGGGGGAAGAGGAGAUGCGCGCCCUCUCGCACAUGUCCCUGGGGGAUCCCUCAGGGGGCGUUGCGCGUUCAGGUGGAAUUUCAGGUAGGCGCGCAGGCGCAGGUGACUUUGCAGGUUUCUCGGGUGCUGGUAACGGGGGAGCUAGUAACGGGGAUGCGGGGGCGUGCAAUCGUCCUGUGAAGCAGCGGGUGUCCACAGGCCAUCGAUCCGCCUCCAGUGGCAUUGGCAGUGGCGGGAGCAGCAGCGGGGGGAGUGGUGAUUAUCCAUCCGCGCUUUCCGCUGCAGCAGCUGCUGCGCUAGCCGCAGCAGGGGCUCCAGUGGGGAUUUCCCCAGGGGAAAUUACUCAGAUUGCCCAGAAAUGGAUGGAGCUGCAGGCGGGGGGGGGCCUGGGCGGGUACGUGCACAGUUCACCCUCGCCUUCCGCCGCUGCUGCUGCCGCUGCGGCCGCACGCGCUUCUGCGUCUGUCGCUGCUGCUGAUGUGGCGGCGGCAGCUCGCGCACAGAAAGCAGCAGCGGAAGCGGCGGCGGCGGCAGCAGCAGGAGGCGCCUCGUUAGGCGGCGCUUCUCCCGUCUCCGCGGCAGCAGCGCGAGCAGCAGCCAAUAGGAGAGCGGCACGUCACCGGCGCACAGGCAGCGCGGAUUUCGUACUGAACAACCCGGGCGAGGCGCUGAAGCCCGCAGGCCCCCUGCGCCAGACCCUCAAGCGCGCCAGCGCCAGCGGGGGCGUGAGCGGGAGCGGGGGCGGGGGCGGGGGGGGUGCGGGGGGCGGGGGUGGGGAGCAGCACGUGGCGCUGCAGGCGCAGCUGCGCCUGUCCGGGUACCACCUGGAUCAUGUCUCCCCGCCCAGCCUCGCCAGGCUGCUCAACCAACCCGCCUUGGGGCCUGCGACAGGAGGGGUGGGCGCAGUAGCUUGGGGCGCAGGGGCAGGGGGAAGGCGAGGAGGGGCGGCAGGCGCGGGGGGAGGGGGCGGAGGCGGGGGCAUUGGGGGCGGAGUGGGAGUGGUGGGGAGGCACCGGCCGUCGUCGUCCAUCUCAGGGUUUGCAGGAGACAGGCUGGUCACAGCUGCUGCUCUCGCCGAGGCGUCCAAACACCUUGCCCUCGCCUCCGCUGCUGCUGCUGCCCCUCACUCUGCUGCCGCUGCUCCCAGCGCUGCUGCUGCUGCUGCUGCUGCUGCGUCCAAGUCGCUGUUUCAACAGCAGCAACAGCAGCAGCAACAACAGCUAAUGCAGCUACAGCAGCAGCAGCUAAUGCAGCAGCAGCAGCAGCAGCAGCAGCAGCGAGGGGUUGCAGAGAGAUUCGAUUUGAAUGAGUCCAGGGCGCAAGCUCACGUGGGGCAAUCCGGGCAGACACAGCAGCAGGCUCGCCCGCAGCACCAGGUGGUUCCUCAGGUGUUUUCUCAGGUGGUGGCGCCACACCGCCAGCAGCAGGGGCGGCAGCUGAACGCUACACUGGGCGCUGGCAUGCGCAAGCCAGCAAGUUUUUCGGGCAGCGUGGAGGAUGUUUUCGGGCAGUACGAGGGGUUGCCCCCACGAGACCAUGUUCUUAGGAAAGAGUAUGGGGAGAUUAAAGGCCUAUUUGUUCUGCAUAGUAAGGAGCUGGGCAGCGGGCAGUUUGGAAUCAUUCGGCCAUGCAUGGAGGUGGCGACCGGGCAGGUGUUUGCGUGCAAGACCAUCAACAAGAAAUGUAUUCAGACGAAGGAGGACGCGGAGGACAUUCGCAAGGAGGUGGCGUGCCUCACACUGCUGCGCAGCCACCCCACCAUCGUGACUCUUAAAGACACCGUGGAGGACGAAGAGAACAUCCACAUAGUGAUGGAGCUGUGUCAGGGCGGCGAUCUCUUCGACCGGGUGAGCAGCAGCGGGCGGCUGUCGGAGCAGAGUGCCGCCCGGCUGUGCAGAGCGCUGGUGGAGGCGCUGCUGCACUGCCACUGCCACGGCAUCCUGCACCGCGACAUCAAGCCCGAAAACAUCCUGCUCUGCGACCGAUCGGAGGAUUCAAGAAUCAAGCUCGUUGACUUUGGGGUCGCCACCUUCUUUGACCCCGGCAAGCGGCUCACAGAGGUGCUGGGCACGCCCGAGUACAUGGCGCCAGAGGUGCUGCUGCAGUCAUACGGCCCCGAGGCUGACAUCUGGUCGGCGGGCGUCGUCUUAUACAUCCUGCUGUGCGGCGUGCCGCCCUUCUGGGCGUCGUCACGCAAGUGCGUGGCGGAGGCGAUUCUCAAGGGCUCCGUCAUCCAUGGAUUCGCAGGGACGAGCGGCGAGGGCAGCGGGGAUGAGAUGGGAGGAGAACGAGGCCUCGAGCAGGUUCAGUCAGUCGCGCGGGACACCCCACCUGUCGCCACGAAGCAUCGUUCCGUGUUUCGCGGUAUCUCGAGCGCGCUACGGUCCAACCGAGCUCCGCAAGCCGCCACUGGCGCCGCCGUUACAGCCUCUGACAGCAGCCGAAGUUCAAGUAGCGGGGGCCGCUCGUUAAAGUCGAAUAUUUCCGCGCCCGAGCGCAGCACUGUUUGGGACGCCCUUCAGAGAGCGCAACGCGGCGCAGCCGCUAGCUCCACGUCAGAACGUGACAAUCGGUCGUCAGACCGGGAAUUGCGGGAAGAGGAUAGGCCGCCGAGUCGGGAAACGCUUGGAGAGACGCGGGAGGAGGAGUGCAGUAGUGGAGGUGAGGAGGUUACUUCUCGUUUUCGUGAGGAAUGGCGAAGCGAGAGAACGGAGGUGGAGGAAAGCCCGCACGGGCAGCAAUCGACGGCUGGAGGUCGCAUCAGCGCGCAGUCUCAACAGCAGGAACGGUCGAGAUUGCGGCAAGGGCAGCAGCCACUAGGCCCGCCGCGAAAGGCGGGUUUGAACGAGCAGCAGCAGCGCCCGCCGCAGCAACCGCCGCAGCAUCCGCCGCUGCAGCAGCAGGUGCUGAAGCGCCAGACGCACGGCCAAGCUCCGCACGGCUCCCCUCAGGUCGCUCCGCGCGCGCGGAACGCGCAAGGCUUGGUGGAGGGUUUGGCGGAGGGGGCGGAGCGCUCGACCAGCGCGCCGAGGGUGCACCAUGCGCGGAGAGCCAGCAGUGGCGCAGCUCUCGCGCUGCCAUCUGCGCAGAACGCUGGUGAGGGGAGGAUGGGGGGCUUGCUGGACGGCAGCCCCGCGAAACCCGUAAGCGGACGUGGGGGAAGAGACGGGGCUUCCGCGCAAGCGGAUUUCGAGCCAAAGCGGAGCCACCUUUCCCCCAUGCAGCUUCCCCAAUCGCAGCAGGCAGCCAGCGCAGGCCCGCGGGCUGGAGUUGGAAAUACCCCUCCGCGAUUGAGGCUGGAUCGUAUGGCGAGUACGGGUUUUCUGGCGGUAAGCCCGGAGAACCGAUCCCCCGCCGCUACAGACAUGCUCGGGCGGCCGUUCCCCGUGAAACAGGCGCCCUCCCGCUCCAGCUCCGAGUCUUCCGACGCGGAAGAGGAGGGGGAGCGCGGAACGGGAAAGGCGGGGGGCAGGGGGGAAGGAAAGGGGGAAACGGGAGUGCGCAGGGGGGAGGGUGCUGGGGGAACGGCACAGGGAGGGGGAAGCGGGGCGAGUGGGCCGGAGAUAGUCGUUGGGGAUGUGCUCAGCAUGCUCCCCGACAGCAUAACGAAUAUGUUCUUCACGAGUAUAAAGUCUGAGCCGCCCAGUCCAGUCCCUUUUGGUACCCCGAUAGCCAGUGGGACCAACCAGAUAGGCAGCGCGUCUAACCAGGCGAUUAAAGACGUCUCUAGAGGGGCAAAAUCUGUGUCAGAGGGUGCUAACGCGCGCCCGGUUCAGGACAUGGCGAUUGCGUUCGCUCUGCCCAACUCGCACAGCGACAGCAGCAGUACAGGAGAAGUGUCCUUUCCUUUUCCCUCCUCCUCCUCCUCCCACGCCCACCACCAACCCCCCGACCAAACCCCGUCAUUCCCCUCCCGCGCGUCUCACCACCCCCCCAGGUCCCACCUCCCCUCGGCCUCAGUGGACCUCGACCCCAGAUCGCACCUCCCCUGGAACCAGCCGCCUGACGCCUCCCCCAUGAGCCUCGCAGGCUGGUUCCCCUCCUCCUCCUCCUACCAGGAACCUUCCGAGCACUCGAGUGAGGGAGGAGGGGGGAUGGGGGAGGGGGAGGCGGGGCUGGGCGGGGUUGCUCCGCGGACCCCCCCCAGGCGCACCGUUUCGGGGGUUGAUCCGCGGACGAGCAGCCGCGUGUCCCCAGAGAAGUGGGGGAAUGGGGGGAUAGGGGGAGCUGGGGGGGAAGGGGCGGGCGGAGGGUUGGGGGGACUGCAAGGGCGGGGAGGAGAGGUGGGAAGGGGUUCGGGAAGGUGGAGAACGAUAGGGGUACCGGCCAGCAGGAGCGAGGAGGCGUCUGAAGGCGCUCAGAGGAUCAGCGUGGGGGCGGGGAGAGGCGCACCAGAGCGACCUGCCACUGCCGCGCCUGCUCCUUCCGCCUCUGCCUACGCUGCUGAAUGCGCUGCUGACGCGGUUGACCGUGCCGCCGCCGCUGCGGUUGCAGCGGCUGCUGCUGCGUCUGGAGGUGGAGGCAUGGAUGGGGCUAGCACCCCCCGGCAGCGGCUAUUCAAUCGGGCUAACAGCGACCCUGAGCCUAGAUCGCCGGGGGACCCUCGCCCCAACACCAGCAGCGGCGCGCUUGGGGGGCCUGCAGGCAGGGGGGAUGGCGGAGGGGGAGGCGGAGGGGGGCGGGGGGGUGGGGAGUCGUCACUGGCGCGGCAGGUGCUGAGCAAGUGGCGGCACAAGAUAGACUCGCGGCGCCCUGGCACGCCCCCCACCGUGCCCAAGAAAGACUUUCCCCCGCGCCCCCAUGCCCCAGGGGAGAACCACCACCACCACCAGCAGCACUCGCAGCAGCAGCAGCAUGGCAGUAACAGUAGGUUGAUGGCAGGGGGUGGGGCGGGUGAGGGAGGGGGCGGGGCAGGUGCUGCUUCGGGGGAGCUGUGGGGCGGCAGUGGGCGGCCUUUGUCGGCAGCUUCCCGCACGUCGUCCAACAUAGAGGGCAUGCUGCGCGGAGGGGAGGGGGGCGCGGGGAGGCGCUUGCAGAAUGUGCGGAUGCUUGGAAAGGGGGGAGGCGCGGGGGGAGGGGGAGGAGAAGGAGGGGCGGAUGUGAUGCAGGUGUGGGGGGGGGAGGAGAGCGAGGGGGAGGACGGUGCUUCUGCUGCUGGAAGUGUUGCUGGUGGUAGUGGUGCGCAUGGGAGAGAGGAGAGGGGGGCAGCAGCGGCCCCCCAUGGCGCUGGUCCGCGGGGGGGCGCUGCCCCAGGGGCAGGGCGGGGGCACCAGCGGCGCAUGUCAUGGCAGCAGCCCCUGGAGCAGCGCGAGCAGAUGCAGCAGUCGCAGGUGUGGCAGAACCAGGGGGAGAUGGAUGGCGGACAGAAGAGCGCAGGGCAGCAGCGGGUGCCAGGAGUGGGGAGAGGGGAAGGCGGCAUGGGUGGGAGGGUGGGGCCAGCGGGGAGAAUGGGGGGGAGAGGGCGGGGAGGUGGAGGGGCAGGCGGGGAGGGGAUGGGAGGAGGAAGGGGAGUGGGGGGAGGCGAGGUAGGGGGGCCGGCGGGUAGUGUGGAUGAGGGGUAUGGGGAGGAACGGCGGGGGCGGGAUAGGUAUGGGGGGCAGAAGGGUGGCGGGGGGGACUCUUCCCCUGUGGAGAAUGCUGCAAAGAACAUUGUGUCUAAAUGGCGCAAGUUCGUUAAGUCCCGGACGCCAGAUAAGGGCGCGGCGGGAGCAGGAGGAGGGGGAGGAGGAGGGACGGGGGAGGGAGUUGAGGACGCUCUGUUAUCCUAUUCAAUUCACUACUCUCCUUCCCGUCAUCCACUCCCCCUCACCCCAUUACUCUAUCUGCUGCCGACUCGCCGUCCCCACCUUCCUCCCAACCGAUUCCCCCGGCCACUCCCCCCCUGGCAGCAGAGUGGCAGUGAAGCGCGCCUGCAGAGGCGCUUCUCAGACAAGUCCCGCGCCCCCCUCCCCCCCCACGCCGCCCGCAACUCCACCCCUCCUCGCCUCGCCCCCCCUGCGCCCUCCGCCCCGCACCACUCCUCUCUCCGCCCCUCCUCCCCCUCCCUACGCUCUUCCUCCCCCUCCCUACGCCCGUCCUCCCCGUCCCUCCGCUCCUCCGCCCCCUCCCUCCGCCCUCCAUCCCCUUCCCCACGCUCCCCUUCCCCGUCCAUCCGCCCGCCAUCCCCCUCCAUGCGCCCGUCCUCCCCCCCCAUGUCCUCGCCCUCCUCCAUCACCUCAGCCUCUAGCUUCGCCUCUUCCUCCCUUGCCUCCUCUGCCGCCCCCCCGUUGCUCUCCAAGUUUCCCCGAAGUGCUUCCACUGCUGCCCCUAACACCGCUGUAGGCCCGGUUUACUCCGACCCUACAAUAGCACCCUCCAGUCGCAACAGAUUCCCCAGGCCUCACGCUGAACCUGCCACGUCUACAGGUUCGGCAGGCUCCUCCACGUCGCCGCCACUUGUCAGGUCCGUUACUGCUUUGGGGUCAGGCCCGGGAGGCCUUGGCUCGGCCCAUGGCAAGCCGGCAGGUUCGGGGCGCAAGCCAGUGGAUAUAUCUCAGGCUCUGAACAACCUGCUGUCGCUGCUAAGCCCGGAGGAGCAGCAGAAGCUGAAGCAGUCAUGGAGCCUUCUAGACAGCGGCGCAGCAGCAGGGGGAGGAGGAGGUGGGGGAGGGGGAGGUGGCGCAGGGGGCAUGGGCGCAGGGUUGUUGCUAGCGGGGGAGGGAGGGGAGGGGGUGCAUAAGCAGCUGAGCGCGCAGCAGGAGCAGCAGCAGCAGCAGAUGCGGCUGCAGCAGGUGAAGCAGCAGCUGCUGCAGCAGAGGGGCGGGCAGGUGGGGGGCAUGGGGGGGAGGGGAGGGGGCGCAGGGGGAAGGGCAGGGGGAAGGGGAGGCGGAAGGGGGCACAGGCGGCAGCGGACAGAGGGUGGGCUGGUUCUGGGCGGUUUCGGUGGGGAUCUGGGGUUGGGGGAGACGGGGAUAGAGGGGGGGAAAGAGUGGGCGGAGAGGGGGGUGGAUGUGAGGGAGGGUGGGGGAGGGAGAGGGGUGGGGGCGGCAGGGAGAGGAGGGAGAGGGGGAAGAGGGGGGCGAGGGUCACUGGAUGACUGGGAUGGGGGGUUGGGGCGGACAGGGGCAGGUGAUGUGAAGGGAUUGCAAGUCCUGGGACCAGAAGGGACGGCUGGAGCAGCAGCAGCAGGAGGAGCAGGGGGGGGACGAGGAGGGGGAGGACGGGGGGCAGCAGGCGGGAGGCUAGGAGCAGUACGGGCGGGGGGAAGAGGGGGGGCGGGAGGGGAAGGGAGGGCAGGGAGGGGGCGGCACCAGCGCACGCGGUCGGACUUUGUGAUUGGCGGGGUGGAUAUGAGCCUUGACCUGGGCGCGGGGUUGGGGUUGGGGGUGGGGGCGGGAGUGAGCAGUACAGGGCGUGCUAGCAUGGAUGGUCCUGGGCUGGCCAGAGGGGCAGGCAGAGAGUGCAGCGGCGCAAGAGAGGGUGCAGGGCGGGAAGGGGCGGGGAGGGCGCAAGCAGCAGGUGGGUUGGGUGCGGUGGGGAGGAGUGGGGGCGGCAAGGGGGAAGGCGAGGAGCGGAAUGGGCGGCUGCUGCGGAGCCGGUCGGGCGCUGCUGGGCUGCUGGAGGCUCAUGGGGACGGGGAGAGGAGCGAGAGGAGCGAGAGAGGCGAGCAUGAGAGGCGCGGGAGGGGGGGCGAGGAGGACAGGAGUGUGUCGGUGGGGCGGCGCAGGGAGGUGGGGUGGGCAGACCUUGAUGCGGAGGUGCAAGGGAAAAGGGGGGAUGCGAGAGGUGGGGGGGAGGCGAGAGGCAUGGGGGAGGCGAGAGGCAUGGGGGGGAGGGAGACACUGUUGCGAGCAAGGUCGUCCCGGGAAGGUGGAGCGCGCGGGCUGCUGCUGGGUGAUCUGGAAGGGGGUGCAGGGGAGGAGUGCACAGGCGGGGCAGCAGCAGCAGCAGCAGCAGCAGCAGCAGCAGCAGCAGCAGCAGCAGCAGCAGCAGCAGGUGGGGCAGGGACGGGGGCGGUGGGUGGGGGGAGGGCGCGGGGGGAGCUGACGCGAUCCCGGUCUCAGAAGGAGGGGGGUUCCCGAGGGGUCAUGUUUGCUGAUACGGUGGAAGAUUCGUGGAAGGAGCAGGCUAGUGAGGGAGUGAGGAGGCGACUGUCGGAUCCACCGCGCGACCAUCACAGUCAAGAUCAAGCGAGUCAAGCAAGUCAAGCAAGUCAAUACAGUCAAGGCAGUCAAGAGAGCCAAGCAAGGCGGCAUGCAAGAGAGGCAAGCGAGGACAUGGGGGACGAUGUGGUGGACGCCAGGCCCCUCGUGCAUGUCCCCGCCCCGCUGCUGCCGCCCUCCCCCCGCCUGUCCCUGCCCAGUCAAGCCAGUCAAGGCAGUCAAGGGACGCAGCCAGGGCAGCAGCAGCAGCAGCAGCAGCAGCAGGGUGAGGGGGGGUGGGAGCCGAGGCAGCAGGGGGCGCAGCAGGGGGUGCAGCAGCAGGGGGGGCGUGGGGGGAGGCAUGCGAGGGAGGAUUCAAUGGAUCUGGACGACGACGUUGUGAAUGCCGUGCCGCUGGCGCCUCUAGACCGGGCCACUGCUGUUGUGGAUGAGGAGGAGGAGGAGGGAGGUGAGUCGGCGAGUGAGAAGGGCAGCCAGGGGGUGAGCGCGGGGAGGAGUGGCGAGGGGGAGGAGCAGGAGGGGCGGCAGCAGCAGGGGCAGGUGCAGCAGCAGUCAGGGGGAGCAGAGUUGGUGCAUUCACCACGGGUGAUAUCGCCGCGACUACCAGCAGCGGCAGGGGGGGCAGGGUUGGGGGCGAUGGGACUUGCAGCAGCAGCAGCACGGCGGCAGCAGCAUGUGAACCCGUGGCAGCAGACGCGCGAGAUGGAGGACAUUCUAAUGCCCUCCCGCGACCUCUCUCCCGCCCGCCCCUCCUCCUCCUCCACUGCUGCUGGUGCCGGUGCUGCCGGCGGUGCGGGCAGGGGCAAGGGCAGCAAGGCAGGCAGCAGCAGCAGCAGCGCUGCAGUGCUGCGGUCGACAUCAGUGAGAGAAACCUCCUCCACACGCCCGGGCUUCUCUGUUGAAGUGCCCUCGCACCCUCACCACCACCACCCCAUGCACAACCACAUGGGAGCAGCAGCCGUGGCAUCAGCGGCAGCAGCAGCAGACAAGGACGGGCAGGUGAGUUCCCGAGGGAGCUCCCGACCCGACACGCCCGCCUCACGGCCAGACACGCCCGCCUCACGGCCAGACACGCCCUCAUCACCGGGGUUCAUCAUGACUCCCCGGGGGGGCCUGCGCCUGUCACGGCGCCUCAUGGGCGUGGAGGGCGCAGAUGACCUUAUGAGAGCUGCUCUUGCCCGCCUGCAGCACCACUCCCACGCCGCCCCCUCAGGUGCCUCCUCAGGUGCUUUUCCAGGUGCUGUUGUGUCGCCGAGACGGGAGGGGGAGGCGGCUGUGUAUGGCAGCUGGGCGGGAGGAGGGCUGGCUGAGAAUGCUGCCGACUCGCUACAGUCCCUUGCCGCCCAGGUCUCUGCCGGCCGGUUGCCGGCCAGGCCAGGAUCUAGUGGAGGGAACGGACCAGUUACUGUGGCUCCACCUACAGUGGCCCCUGUCGCCCGGCCGUCCUCUCGCCCAAUGGCGAUGCGGCCGACAACCCUAGAUCUUCCUGCCGGCCGGCCAGGGUCACCAUUGGCUAGCGGGUCAAUAGCAACAGCAGGAGGAGCAGGAGCAGCAGGUGGUACCGGCACGCACCCCUUGCAUCUGCCCUCUGACUCUCUGAGUCCUCCCUUCUCCAGCAGUCUCUCUCCUGCUGGCCUCAGCUCCCCCGAAUCCGCCCUCUCUAGCCCGCCCCUGGCCGAGGUUGCAGUGUGGGCGCCGGGGGAAGGGGGAGGUGUGGGCAUGGAGAGAGUGGGGUCCGGUGGGGGUGCUGUGGGGGGUGGAGGUGAGGGGCUGUCGUUCUGGGGGCAUGGGAAUGACCGGAACAGCGGUUACCACAACCACAACCACUAUCAGCAGCAAAAUCAGCAGGAUGAGCAUCAGCAACAGCAACAAUGGCAACAACAAAGUCAACAGCACCAGCAGCAGCAGCAGCAGGAGCAGCAGCAGGAGCAGCAGCAGCAGCGGCAGGGGGGGAGAUUGGAGCUGGGUCAAGGCCCAUGGCUGGGAGCAGCAGCGAGCGAAGCAGAGAGGGAAGCAGGAGGGGGAGCAAGCACAGGAGGAGGGGAGGUGUGUGGGAGCCCAGAGGGGUCGGUGGGGGUGUGCUCGCUGGUGGACGUGUGCUCGCCCGUGUACAGUGCAGAUGAGGGCAGCAUUGUCCUGGGCGGCGGCGGGCGGCGGUUGUCACGGCACUCCAGCCGGGCGUCCAUAGGGUCGCCGGAGGGCGGGGCGGGCGGGGGGAGAGGGGGGAAGCGGGGCGCGUGGGGGGUUGGGGCGAUUUUGGAGGGCGGGGAGGGGGGGGUGAGUGGGGGAGGGGAAGCAGACGCGGAGGGGAAGCGGGCAAGGGCGAAAGUGGGGGAGAGGAAAGGGGAGGGGGAGGAGGGUGAGGAGGGGGAAGGAGAGGCGCAUGGAAGAGGCAGUCAGGAAGCCGAUGCCUUUGAGUUUGACAUGGACGAUGCUGACGUGGCUGCAGCCCGGGAUGGCCCGGCUGGCGCUGACGUGGCACUGGACGGCCGGCCCUCGGCCAAUGGGGCACUGCCAGGGGGGAUGGGUGGGGACAUGGGGAGCAGCAGCAUGGGCAUGGAUGGUCACAUGCAUGGGGCCAUGCAUGGUGAUGGCUCGUCACACAUGAUGAUGAAUGGCAUGCCCAUGCCCCCACCUAAUGGUGCCCCACAAUUUCCCGGGCAGGUCUUCCCCCCCGGGAUGAUCCCAGACAUGAACGGGCAGCAGCAGCUCAUUCCCGGGCAGAUGUUUCCGGAUCCCUCUCAGCCCUUCCCCCAAGGAGACCAGCACUUUCCCUUUCCCGGGCAGCCCUUCCCUCUGCCCGGAUACCCAUUCCCUCUCCCCGGGCAACCCAUGCCGGACGGCAUGCAGGGGCAGCUUCCUCCCGGGCAGUUUCCCGGGCAGCCGCCGGAAAUCCCCGGCUUCCCGGGCGGGUUUCCGGGCGGCAUGCUGCCGGGGCAGCUGGGCGGCAUGUUGCCGCCCGAGAUGCUCCCGGGGCUACAGUGCCCGCGGUUCAUCCUGCGGCGGCCUUACCGCAGCAUAGAGCGCGAGUACAUGCUGCAGGAGAGGGCGCCCCUGGGCACGGGGCAGUUUGGCAUCAUCCGCAGCUGUGUGAAGCUCAAGACCGGGGAGGUGCUGGCGUGUAAGAGCAUCAGCAAGAGCACCUUCCAGUACGCGGACGAUGCGGAGGCGGUGGGCAUGGAGGUGGCGGUGAUGGAGAUGCUGAACGGCCACCCGCACAUCAUACGCAUGCGCGAUGCCUUCGAGGACUCCCGGGACGUGCACAUAGUGAUGGAGAUGUGCACGGGGGGCGACCUGCACGACCGAGUGAAGACGCACGGGCCGUACAGCGAGGAGGGCGCGGCUGCGGUGCUGCGCGGGCUGGUGGAGGCGCUGCUGUGCUGCCAUGGGAAGGGCGUUAUGCACCGCGACGUCAAGCCCGAGAACGUGCUCAUCUGCGACACGCAGGACGACACACGGGUCAAGCUCAUUGAUUUCGGGGUCGCCACGUUUAUCGAGCCAGACGCGUCCUGCAUGGAGUUCGUGGGCACACCCAUGUACAUCGCCCCGGAGGUCAUCACCGGUGCACACGGCCCCGAGGCCGACAUCUGGUCGGCGGGCGUCGUCUUAUACAUCCUGCUGUGCGGCAUGCCGCCCUUCUGGGCGUCCACCAAUGAGGCCAUCUUUCAGGCCAUCAAGGAGAGCGAGGUGUCCUUCUCCUCGCCGCGCUGGCAGACCAUAUCGGAGAGCGCCAAGAACCUUGUAAAGAGGAUGCUUACAAAGGAUCCCAAGAUGCGUAUCCUGGGUGCUCAAGUGCUCGGUGAGUGCUGGAUGGGAUAG